AGCGCAGUAAGUGAUCCUGGUCUAUAAUGGCAUUCACACAUGUCUGUAUAUUAUAGUCUACAGGUUAAUGUCCGAUACAGGUCCUAAUUCCGUUGCGUUGUUGGAGAUAAAACGGUGUUACAGAUAUGACCGACAACGUUUGAUACAGAAGCACAUAAAGAACAUUGAAUGAUUCAUUGCCAAGGUUACUGCCAUCCUCAUCCUCCACAUAAAGACAAUAUCCUAGCGUCUAUCAUGGCCUCCCUCCCUUCUCUACCCGCCACGUUAUCUCCCGCCCUAAGCGGCAGAGACGCUAUUGCAGACGCACUCUAUCGCUGCGUCCUGGGACUCGACACGAACGACCUGGCCCUCUUUGACUCAGCUUUUACCCCAACAGCCACCUUCAGCAUCAACGGCCAGGUCUCAGAGGGCCUACCAGCCAUCCACACCGACUGCUUUAUUACGAUCGCCAAGUUAGAUACCACCCAUUUUCUCUCCAACAUCCGGAUCAAUAUCGCCGACGACGGCACCAAGGCCUCAGCGACCGCCUCGGCACUCUCGCAACACUACAGGGCUGGGAAAGGGCUCCAGCCCGGCCAACCGCGAUUUUUGGCUGGUAGUCUGUACUACGUGGACCUGGUCAAAGAAGAGGCUAAUGACCUAUGGAAGAUUGAAACCUUUAAGCUGCAAUCUACCUGGGCUGAGGGUGAUUGGGGGGUGAUGGCUGGGAACUAGGAGAGAAUGCAGUUGGGAGAGAACUGUGUAUAUACAGGAGCAGAUAGGAUUUUUUUUGUGUUAAAGACUAUAGGAUCUAAUGAGAUA